AGAAAAUGUGAAUAACAGUCAGAUGAGUACAUAACAGUAUACUGCGUCAUCUUCAUUACGGGUGGCAAGCAUCAAAAACUAGGGAAACGUUUUGCUGGACAUAUUUUUCAUUAAAUAUGGAAUUCAAAAUUCUGUACGUAGUUUUACUGCUUGUGCUUGGAUUGGAAGGGACGGAUUUGGCUGUGUCUGGAAUCCAGUCGGUUGCAGAUUGCCCAGAGAGAGGAUACGAUGACCAUGGCUAUUGGACAGUAAGUGACAAAGAUCUUUCCCGAAGGUGCCUUCUGAAGUGUUACCCGGGUUACGAGCCAGACGCCUGUCACGUGUUACGUCGCCAAGGAGAUCGCUGGAACACGGAAAAGAUGCCACAUUGCGUCAAAAUUCCAUGGGUAAGAUGGAGCACUCUUGUAAAGAUCGGUGCUGGUGUAGCAGCGGGAGCUGGGGCGGUCGUCGCCGCUCCUGUAGUGCUUGGAGCUGCUGGCUUCACUUCCGCCGGCGUGGCUGCUGGAUCCAUAGCUGCAGGGCUACAGGGUGCACAAGUUGCCGCCGGAAGUGCUUUUGCGCUUGCGCAGAGUGCAGGAGCUGCGGGGAUCACUGCGGGGACAAAUGCAGCUAUUGGGUCAACGGUGGGCAGUGCCGUGGCGACUGCAGCGAGCUAUUUUUGGGGAGAGGCUUGUGAGCCGGAAUAGCAAGAGCGACAACUCACCAUGCCGUGUUUUUUUUUAGUUUGUGAGGUUGCAAAUGUAUGACAACCAACUUUCUUUCAAAAGUUAAAAACACGACCUAUAAAUUUCACAUACAUUAGUUAUUUUUGUGGCAAGUGUUGAAAUAAAAUUUGAAUUAGA